AACUUUCCCUGUGCGCAACAGCUCCAAAGCGCGCACACACAUAUCAUAAUGAAAGGCAUUUUGUACUUUAUCUAGAUUAGAUAACGCUGCAGUAGCAAUUUAGUGAAAAUAGCAUAUUAAUCAAUAUUUAUGGUGCAUUUGCAAGUUUUGCUUUGAUACUGAGCGGAUUUUGGUGAUGAUGGGCAUGGCUUUUCUCUGUGGUUCCCCUGUGACUUUUCGUGUCUGGCUGACUUUGCUGAUCUGCGGCUAUCCUGCUUUGGCUUUUUCGGUCGCUGGACAGCAAGAGACGACAUGUGAGGCGAACGGUAGCGUCUAUUAUGUCGGCGAAUGGUACUUUCUAGACUCGGAUCCUUGUACUCAGUGCGAAUGUACGGCGGACGGGUCUGCUUGCGCGCGGACUGAGUGCACAUCCCUGCCUACCGCCUGCAUCCAUGUCAGCCAUUACCCGACAGACUGCUGUCCGAGAUGCGAGAAGAUCGGCUGCGAGUACGGGGGAGAAGUGUAUGAACUCGGACAACAUUUUCAGCCGUCAGCGUGUGAGCAGUGCACUUGUUACAGUGAUGGCAUUGCCCACUGUCAGGUGGCAGACUGUGCCCCUCCACCAUGUGUUGAUCCAGUCUAUCAGAAAGGCGAAUGCUGCCCUCAGUGCAAGGAUGGGCCGAACUGUUACGUGAACGCCUCCAGGACGCAGGUGAUCCCUGGAGGAGAGUCAGUGUGGGUGGACUCCUGUACCAAAUGUCGGUGUCAUGACAUCCAGGAUGCAGGUUACUGGGAGGGCAACCGUUUGGCUAUGUGUUCCCGUAUCCGAAAUUGCCUGCCUGAUGAGGGGCUAAACUGAGGUGAAAGGGUCAUCUGUCAUCCUCGGUUAUACAGUGGAUAUAUAGAACGCUUUGUCAGCAGAUUUCUAAACCACACUUACAGAAGAAAGUCUGUAUACAGCUAUUAAGAGCCUACUUGACAAUUCUUUCUCAGUUUCAGACAAUUCAGUUUCUCUGGAUUACGAAUAAUUCAUUGGAUUUAAUUUUUUUUUCAAGGUUUGAAACAACGAUCUUAUUGAAAACAAUUUAUAUGGGCUGAAUUUAAACAAACAAAUUAAAUUUAGUAAUGUUCAACUUAGUAUAAAUAUUUUGCAACCAGUGACCAUAAAAAAGUCUAGUAAACCCAAUGAAUAAUGUUUUUUUUUAGCAUUUUUAGCAGUAGAGAACAAAAGAUCUGCCAUUUUUCAUGUUUAUAUUUAUUUUUUAGACAGCAUAGUAGUAACUGUUUAACUUCAGAAGAGUUAAAAGGGGUAGUUCACACAAAAAUGAAAUUUUACUCACCCUUGAGUGGUUCCAAACCUUUAUGACUUUCUUUCCUCUGUUGAACACAAGAAAUUAUUUUGAAGAAAGCUGAAAACCUGUAAUCAAUGACUCCUAUAGUAGGAAAAACAACUACUAUGGAUGUCAGUCAAUGUUUCUUGGAACUUAUAAAGAUUUGGAACCACUCAAGGGUGAGUAAAUGAUGACAUUAUUAACAUUUUUGGGUGAAAUAUCCUUUUAAGGGAAUCAAUAUCUGAAUUUAAAGGAAAUGAUUCAGGUCAAUUGUCCUUUUCUUGAAAAAUCUGAUAACGUUUACAUGGACACCAAUUAUCCAAUUUUAAUGCGAUUAAGACAAUACUUUGAUUAAGAGUCUAUCAUGUAAACAGUGAUUUUUGAUUAAUUUAAUCUGAUUAAUGUCAUAAUCGAACUAAACAGAAAUGGAUUUAGGACAUGUGGAGUAUGCUGAAUUUAGUCACAUUAUUUGAAGUGCAUUACAAACAUGUAAACACCGCAAUCAAACUAUUACCGUUGUGUAUAUUCCAUACACACACAGCUGUUUGACACUAUUCUCUGCAUCUACCGAGUCAGUGAAGGACCACAGACACCAGCAUCACGAAAUACAGUUUUUUUUUUCCCAUAUGGCGGUAUCAAAUUCAAUUGAAACAACACUCUUCCAGCAGUUCAUACUCACAUCCAAUAUUUCGUUUGUCACAGGGGGUAUGCAUGAAAUGUUCCUGAAUGAAAGUGAAAGUGCCAAACUGCAAAGUCGACAAAUUAAAAAAUCAUACACCCGAAAUUACAUGAAACUCUGGAGGAAAUGUGGAUAGCGUGGUGACGCAAUGACGGUAAUCAAAUUAUGUGCUAUAACAUGUAAACCGGGAUCAUGAAAAAAACAUUCAAAAAGCAUGUAAACACCUUAAUUAUAUUAUUGUCCUAUUCAGAUUAAGACAAAUAAUUCCACUACUGAUGUCCAUGUAAAAGCGGUCAAUCACUUUCUUCGAAACUUAGUAGACAUUUUCUCAAAGAUGAACAUUUUACUCAAACCCAUUCCUAAGCAAAUCCAGAGAAAUUGUCAAGUCUCUUAAUUUUAUCAAUAGCUGUAUCAUAUAAGCUUUAUACAACUAAAAACUCACUAUUAUUAUUAUUUUUAUGUUAACUAACCCUUUAGCAUUACGUUUUUUAUUGUAAAACAAGUGUUUAUAAUAUUAUGUUGACUUUCUAAGGGCUAUUCCCUAAUGGAACCAAUCAGCUUAGUUUUGAGACACCUUUUUGGCACGGUUGAAAAAAAAGCACAAUGAACAUAUUACUUUUUAUAUGCCUUUUAGUAUCUAUGUUGUAUAAAAUGUUGAUGCUGUUUUGAAGUUGUUUUCAGUGGUAUUUUAAAUGAUUUAAAGCAGCAUGUGUAUUAUUUCCUGCUUCAAAAGCUCAAAAACCAAAGUAUGUUAAGACUGCGAGACUUACAUUACUGCCAUGCAGGCAUGGAAAUAGCUAAUGUAGCAUGAAAUACAGCCAAACAAGCUCUUCAUAAAUGAAUCAUGCAUAAAUAACACAGGCUUGUUUAUGCUUUAUUUCUGUUCUGACAUCUCAUUGUAAAAGCUGUGGUAAUGUUACUUUUCUCCUCAAGAACUAUUUGCAAUAAUGACACAGAAUGUACACAAAUAUAAAUAAACCACAAGUGAUCUA